AUUGCAGUGGUGCGUAGCAGCGCUGAGGUCUCUUCCGAGCAUUCUCUCCUAGUUCUCCCACUGGAGAAUGUAAAAUCACCGUGCGCACGCGCGCUCUGCAGUGGAAGCCAUGUUAAAGUUAUAGUGAAGUGAGGCUGUGAUUUUCUGACGUAUGUUUGUUUGUUUCUGCCUGCCUAAAAACAAAGUACUCGGCGUUUCUUAACGUAAAUAUCGGAAUCAGAACCGGGAGUUCUAAUGAUGAAUUCUAGUUUUGACCUGUCCAGGAGGAAUCCACAGGAAGAUUUCGAGCUGAUUCAAAGAAUAGGAAGCGGCACCUAUGGAGAUGUCUACAAGGCUCGCAAUGUCAACACUGGGGAGCUGGCAGCCAUUAAAGUCAUUAAGCUGGAACCCGGGGAAGACUUUGCAGUUGUGCAGCAAGAGAUUGUGAUGAUGAAGGACUGUAAACAUUCAAACAUUGUGGCAUAUUUUGGCAGCUAUCUUAGGAGAGAUAAAUUAUGGAUUUCUAUGGAGUACUGCGGUGGAGGAUCGCUACAGGACAUUUAUCAUGUAACUGGACCUUUGUCAGAAUCACAAAUAGCAUAUGUUUCACGGGAAACACUACAGGGUUUAUGCUAUCUUCAUAGUAAAGGAAAAAUGCACAGAGACAUUAAGGGAGCAAAUAUUCUUUUAACAGACAAUGGGUAUGUGAAACUAGCUGACUUUGGAGUAUCUGCACAGAUAACAGCCACUUUGGCCAAAAGGAAAUCCUUUAUCGGCACCCCAUACUGGAUGGCUCCAGAAGUAGCGGCUGUGGAGAGGAAGGGUGGAUACAACCAGUUAUGUGACAUCUGGGCAGUUGGUAUAACUGCUAUCGAGCUGGCAGAACUUCAGCCCCCGAUGUUUGACUUGCAUCCAAUGAGGGCGUUAUUCUUGAUGACGAAAAGCAACUUUCAGCCACCUAAACUGAAAGACAAAAUGAAAUGGACAAACAACUGUCACCAUUUUGUUAAAAUGUCCCUGAUAAAAAAUCCUAAGAAAAGGCCAACAGCUGAAAAACUGCUGCAGCAUCCUUUUGUAACACAGCCUUUGAGUCGAACACUUGCCAUUGAGCUGCUGGAUAAAGCAAACAAUCCAGACCACAAUACUUUCCAUGACUUUGAUGAUGAUGAUCCGGAGCCUCCUGUUGUUGUCCCUCACAGAAUUCACUCAACAAGUAGAAACACGAGGGAAGAGAAGACACGCUCUGAGAUAAACUUUGGGCAGGUUAAAUUUGAUCCCCCUUUGAGAAAGGAAACUGAACCACACCAUGAACUUCCCGACAGUGACGAUUUUUUGGACUGUUCAGAAGAAAUAUACUACACUGCAAGAUCUAAUCUGGAUCUUCAAUUGGAAUAUGGACAUGGGCCCUUUGGAGGAAAUAAGAGCCUUUUAAAAUCAGUGGAAGAGGAACUUCACCAGAGGGGACAUGUGGCACAUUUAGAGGAGGAGGAUGAUGAUGAAACUCAACAACCCACUAUAUCAACUUUGAAACCGAAAGUGCCACCACCACUGCCACCAAAGCCAAAAUCUAUCUACAUCCCCCAAGAGAGUCAGCACCCUGUUGAGGAAGACAACCAGGGAACCAUAAAGCGAUGCCCUGCUUCAGAGAGUCCUGUCAGGCCAGCAUCCCAUGGUCCCCCCAGACCUCCUCCUCCCCGGCUCCCGCCACACAAACUCAGCAGCCUAGGCAAUGGAGUGAAUGCAUCACAAGUAAAUGGAGAAAAAGAAAGCUCUCCCCAACGGCCAUGGGCAAAACAAGCUACAAUGCCUCCUGCUGUCCCUUUAAGGAAAGACAAGAAGGAGUUACCUGUAACACUAAAUAAACCACUAAGCAAUGGUCUGCCACCAACUCCAAAAGUGCACAUGGGUGCAUGUUUCUCUAAGGUCUUCAAUGGGUGUCCAUUAAAAGUCCAUUGUGCUACAUCAUGGAUUAAUCCAGACACAAGAGACCAAUAUUUGGUAUUUGGUGCAGAAGAAGGCAUUUACACCUUAAACUUAAACGAGCUUCACGAGACUUCAAUGGAACAGCUUUUUCCACGAAGGUGUACGUGGCUCUAUGUAAUGAAUAAUUGUUUACUUUCAAUAUCUGGGAAAGCUUCACAGCUUUACUCCCAUAAUUUGGUAGGUCUCUUUGAAUAUGCUCGGCAAAUGCAAAAAUUGCCUGUUGCCAUUCCUACACACAAACUUCCAGACCGAAUUAUUCCCAGGAAAUUUACAGUAUCCACAAAAAUUCCAGACACAAAGGGUUGCCAAAAGUGUUGCGUGGUGAGGAAUCCUUACACAGGACACAAAUACCUUUGUGGAGCUUUUCAGUCCAGUAUUGUUUUAUUGGAGUGGGUUGAACCAAUGCAGAAGUUUAUGCUGAUCAAGAACAUAGAUUUCCCCUUGCCUUGUCCACUUGAGGUCUUUGAAAUGCUGGUUGUUCCUGAGCAUGAGUACCCUUUGAUCUGCGUUGCUGUCAGUAAAGGAACGGAGUUCAACCAGGUGGUGCGGUUUGAGAAUGUCAACCCCAACUCUACCUCCUCAUGGUUUACAGAAACAGAUACACCACAGUCUUGUGUAAUUCAUGUCACCCAGCUGGAGCGGGACACAAUUUUAGUCUGCCUUGAUCGGUGUAUAAAAAUUGUGAAUUUACAAGGGAAGUUGAAAUCCAGCAGAAAGCUGUCCGCAGAACUAACGUUUAAUUUCCAAAUUGAGGCAAUAGUUUGCCUCCAGGACAGUGUGUUGGCAUUUUGGAAGCAUGGUAUGCAAGGAAGAAGCUUCAAGUCAAAUGAGAUCACUCAGGAGAUUUCUGAUAAUUCAAGAAUCUUCAAGCUCUUAGGUUCUGACAGAGUGGUGGUGUUGGAAAGCAGACCCACCGACAACCCUGCAGCCAACAGCAAUCUGUAUAUCUUGGCAGGACAUGAAAACAGUUACUGAUUAAUUUAGCAUGGCAAGAAGCAAUGAACGUUAAAGAAUGGAGUCAAAAAGACACUACUGCUUCAGCAUCUAUGAAUGCUUGGAAUUUUACUACAGCUGCAUUUUUCGGGUUGCUUUGGAUUCUGUUUUUUAUUUAUUGUGGCAUGUAAGAAAGAAGCAGAGGACAUUAAGUGUUGCCACUGCUUCUAGUAUCUUACGUGUUUACCACGCAAGUGCUUAAUUUGCUUUUAUGUAAUAUUUGUGUGUGUCAAAUAUAUAUAUAUAU